AGUUUGUUUCUGUUUGCCAUAAAUACCUCCAAUCAGCCAGAUAGUCUCUGGUUGUCCUGCAAACGCUUCAUCUACAAAACACGGAAUCUCCUUGUCUAUUUUGCGUUUGCGACUUGCUUUCCAUCGACCUUCUACAGCGUUCUGGGAUUUUGACGACUCAAUCUAGCAUAUAUCACGUUUUGGUCAACCCAUUCCCCUGGUAAGGCCACUGUUAUUCCGGAAAGUCGUUGGUUUCACAGUAGAAGCAUUUCUGCCUAUCAUUUGCAUAGGCUAAUUGUCAAAGCUACAAGACGGACAUCCCAAGGGAAGCCUGGUGAAGAACAUUCUGCAGAACAAGCACCGAUAAAACAUGACUCUUUGAAAGAUGGAAAACAACCUCUUAAAGAGCCCUUGGCUGACACUAGGUAUAGGUACGGCCGGUCUGGCGGCUGUAUGCCUCCUCUCCCAUGUACCAUGUGCCAAAGGAAUCCUGACACAUUUGGGAAUCCUCUCAAAAGCUCCAGUCGAUACUCUGGAAGCUUCCAUGCGUAAGGUUGCCUCUACCCUGAGUCGAAGGAGUUUUGUAUGUAUUGAUGAUCUAUCGUCAUCGCAGAUCCACUGUAUCAUGGAUUUGGCUUCCUUCUUCAAGAAACAGGUAUCGCAGAAACUCCCAUGCAAGUUCUUGGAUGGAAAGAUCAUGACAACACUAUUCUACGAAGCAAGUACUAGAACCAGGUGUUCCUUUGAGGCUGCAAUGUUGAAUUUGGGCGGCAGGGUUAUCUCGGUUAGCGGCUCAACAUCCUCCGCAGUAAAGGGAGAAACUCUAGAAGAUUCGGUCAGAGUACUAUCAUCCUACUGUGAUGUACUCGUUUUGAGGCAUCCGGAGACAAAUGUGAUGCAAAAGGCAAAGGCGCAUUCCCUGGUGCCACUUGUUAAUGCAGGUGAUGGCUCAGGAGAACAUCCUACACAGGCCCUUUUGGAUCUCUAUACACUUUGUGUGUACUUUCCAAUCUUUGAAAAGGAGUUUACCAUUUGCUUUGUAGGAGAUCUCAAAUAUUCCCGCACAAUCCAUUCGCUUGUAAAACUAUUGAGUAGAUUUAAUGUUGUUAUAAAGUACAUUGCUCCAAAAUCGCUCCAGAUGCCAACUGAAAUUCAACGGGAAGUAGAACAAAACUUUGCAAAAUAUAAUAUCCCUGAUUUGGCAUAUCCGCGUCAAACUAGUUUUAGCGAGCUUUCAGAUGGACUAGAAAAUUGCGAUGCAAUUUAUGUCACAAGAAUACAAAAGGAACGUAUGUCCCCAGAGGAGUACGAUCUUGUAAAGUCUUCCUACAUAAUAGACAAAAGCACAAUGGAAAAGCUCGCUCCACACGUCAAGAUUCUGCAUCCACUGCCAAGAGUAGAUGAAAUAUCACCAGAGGUCGACAAUGACGAGCGCUGUAUCUACUUUGAACAGGCACAAAAUGGCGUAUAUGUCAGAAUGGCGCUCUUGUAUCUUUUACUUACGUAA